AUGUAUGCCAAAAGUGGAAGCGUAGACACAGCACAUGAUCUGUUUGAGAAAAUGCCUCAAACAAAUGUGGUCACUUGGAAUGCUAUGAUUGAAGGAUAUGUACUCCAUAGAUUUGUUGAAAUGGCUUUAGAAACUUUCAUGGAAAUGCAAUUGGCAGAUGUAGAGCGAAAUUCCACAAUCUUUCCAAGCAUCCUCCAUGCUUUUGCCAAAAAGGGAGCCUUGAAACAAGGCAUGAACAUCUAUCAAAGCACAAAGGAUUGUAGAAUUUCGUCAGAUGAUGUAGUUGCAACUGCCCUGGUUGACAUGUAUGCCAAAAUGGGAGUUCGACAAUAG